CAACUUCCUUUUUCUUCACAAUAAAAACAGCCGAAAGCAGCUGAAAAUGGCCGCCGCGACCGUAGCGGGGCCUGACAGCCACAGUAUGGAGGAGAAGAAGUUCGAGUAUUUCUCUUCUAUCAAUUCAAUGGCUAAGAAAAUAAUGCAGGAGAGGGAGAAAAUUAAAACCAAGCACGGCUUGACCUGGGAGAAAAUGACGCCGCAGGAGCAGGACAGCGCCAUCGAUAACUGCAUGAUGGAUCCUCACAUCCGAGCUCGGUACGCGAUGCACCGGGUGGACCGAGAAGAAGUGGUCUGUUACCCCAAACUGCUCUUACAAACGGGGCAGAAGGUCGUGCAUUUCGGCGACGAGGAUAUUACCUGGCAGGAUGAGCAUUCAGCUCCCUUCUCAUGGGAAACAAAGAGCCAGUUAGAGUUCAGCUUGACAUCGGGCUCUUCGGACCAGGGGAUCCCCACCUCACAGGCAGACUCAAAGGCUGUAAAGGGACUGCAUUCCAGCCAGCUUAGUAAGACUGCGUCAGGAUCCAAGGUGGCAGGUGGUGAGGGCUGGAGGCCAGAGGAGGAGUCUUCUUUCUGGAAGAUCAGUGCUGAGAGGUCCAAGCUGGAGGGAGAGAAAGCAGACUUCCAGUCCCUGACACCUAGCCAGAUUAAAUCCCUGGAGAAAGGAGAAAUAUCGCUCCCCUCCUACCGCCGACAGGAGCAUGAAGUUGCCGACUCUCAUCCUCCACCUCCUGGGAGGUCCACAAAGCAGCGUGCGCCCAAACCUCCUGCCCCCCAGCCACCUGCACCUGAAGCUGUCGCAGCCACGCCGGCAUCCAUCUCCAUUUCGCCCAGUCCAGCCCCGCCCAUUACCGGGCCCUCCAAUGAGGCGGGCUGGGAGCGAGCGCAGAGCACCCUGCCAUCUGUUAGCAACACUCUGGAUGAAAUGUUCUCCUCCAGCCUCAUGUCCAAAUCCUCCAACCUGCCUACUACCCUGGACAAAGAGAAAGUCAAAGAGGAUUCACCCACCUUUGAUGCCAGCUCCACCUUCUCCCAAUUCAACACGAGCAGCAACAUCCUGAAGACUGGGUUCGAUUUCCUGGACAACUGGUAAA